UAGUAUACACAAAAAGUUUAUAAAUAACUGAGUUUAAAAAACGUCACACCAAUUUCAAAAAAAAUUAGAUUGCAUGUGCUGUAUAACUGAUAUCAACUAUUGUCUUUUAUUGACAUUUUUAGUUUGAUUCAUUUCACCUAUAAAUGGCAACUGUGCAUUGCCUUGACGUUUUUAGUGAAUGCGAAGAACCGUGUAGGUGAACGUGAACGUAUAUAUUUUAUUGUGUAUUUUCCAACAAUUUCCCAAUAAAACCUAAAUAUAAUACUGUCCUGGACAAAUAAACUGAAAAUAUGGGUGUAUGAAUAGGUUAUAGACUGAUCAUUAGUGCUCCAUUCCAUCUUGGACUGCUAUCCUGAGCUGUGGAAAGUCACGUUCAGAGAUGGCUGAUCCAGAUCCGGAAACCCUGUUGGAAUGGCUGAAUAGUGGCUUGGGCGAUGAGCGAGAUAUGCAGCUCAUCGCCCUUGAGCAACUCUGCAUGCUACUCCUAAUGUCCGACAACGUCGAUAGGUGCUUCGAGAGCUGCCCACCCAGGACCUUCCUGCCCGCCCUCUGUCGCAUCUUUCUGGACGAACAGGCUCCCGAGAAUGUGCUGGAAGUAACAGCGCGAGCCAUCACCUACUAUUUGGACGUAUCAGCGGAGUGCACCAGGAGAAUUGUAGCCAUAGAGGGAGCUGUCAAAGCCAUUUGUAACAGAUUAGUCGUAGCAGAAUUAUCAUCUAGAACUAGCAAGGAUUUGGCAGAACAAUGUGUCAAGGUAUUAGAGUUAAUAUGCACCAGAGAAGCCGGAGCAGUAUUCGACGCAGGAGGCCUAAGCUGCAUACUGCCCUUCAUUCGCGACAACGGACAGCGCGUCCACAAGGACACGCUCCAUUCGGCCAUGGCCGUCGUUUCAAGACUCUGCACAAAGAUGGAGCCAGCCGACGCUCAACUACCCACUUGCGUCUCCGCCCUUAGUACGCUGCUACAUCACGAAGACGCACACGUCGCUGAUGGAGCAUUGAGAUGCUUCGCUUCGGUAGCCGAUAGGUUUACUAGACGCGGUGUCGAUCCCGCACCCUUGGCACAGCAUGGUCUUGUCAAUGAACUACUAAGCAGACUUUCAAACGCCGCCGGACCAUCGACAGCGAGCGGUACUCAAACGACGCCUGGCAAAGCGCCAUCUACUAGCAAUCCAACAACAGCUACGCCUGAUUCGAAAGCCAAUGCAGCUUCAAUAUCCACUAUAAUAAGUUUGUUAUCUACCCUCUGCAGAGGUUCGCCAUCAAUAACCUAUGAUUUGCUUCGAUCUGAACUACUAGACGCCAUCGAAAAAUCUCUAAAAGGAGACGAACGCUGUAUCUUAGACUCCAUGAGACUGGUAGACUUGCUCUUGGUCCUCCUUUUCGAGGGCAGGAGAGCUUUGGGAAAAUCAGGAUCGUCCUCGUCCGGACAGCUGAUGCCGCGCAUGCGUCGAAUGGAUUCCGCCGCCGAAAAAUCCCAUAGACAGCUAAUAGACUGCAUAAGAUCGAAAGACACUGACGCUCUGAUCGAAGCCAUCGAGAACGGAGGAGUGGAGGUGAAUUUUAUGGACGAUGUGGGUCAGACUUUGUUAAAUUGGGCCUCGGCUUUUGGUACGCACGAGAUGGUGGAGUAUUUGUGCGAGAAAGGUGCCGACGUCAAUAAGGGCCAAAGGAGUUCGUCCCUGCAUUACGCGGCGUGUUUCGGCCGUCCCGCCAUAGCUAAAGUCUUGCUGCGGCACGGCGCGAACCCUGAUUUACGCGACGAAGACGGAAAAACUCCACUGGAUAAGGCUAGAGAACGUGCCGACGAAGGACACCGUGAAGUGGCGGCGAUUCUGCAGAGCCCCGGCGAAUGGAUGAUACCGGUCGAUAAGGAGCGUAAUAGAAAAUCUGAAUCCGAGAGUGAGGAUAGCAUAGAACCGAGAGGCGAUCCGGAAAUGGCGCCAGUUUAUUUACAACGACUGUUGCCCGUAUUCUGUACCACUCUGCAGUCCACGAUGUUGGCCAGCGUGAGGAAGGCCAGUUUGGGGUUGAUAAGGAAGAUGGUCCAUUACAUACAGCCGAAUUUGUUGGAAGAACUUUGCGCUUUGGAGGCAAAUCCGAAUUUUGGUACACAAAUCGUUGAGGUGAUCGCCACCGUGUUGGAUAACGAGGACGACGAAGACGGUCAUUCGGUAGUUUUACUGAUAAUACAAGAUUUAAUGAUUAAAUCACAAGAAGUUUUCUUGGAUCAUUUCGCGAGAUUGGGUAUAUUUACUAAAGUUCAAGCACUUGCUGGUCCACCGGAAACGCAAGAAAAUGAAGAAGCCGAAUCAACAACUGAAGAAACAUCUGAUGCCGUACAAGUAGAAGAUGCAAAGGAAAUUUUGCCCGGUAAAGCUUACCACUGGCGCGAUUGGUCCAUCUGUCGAGGUCGAGAUUGUCUUUAUAUUUGGUCUGACGCCGCCGCUCUAGAACUGUCUAACGGCUCGAAUGGCUGGUUCAGAUUCAUAUUAGACGGAAAACUAGCAACCAUGUACUCGAGCGGUUCCCCAGAAGGUGGUGCUGAUACAUCAGGGAAGGGUCGAGCUGCGGAUUCCCUUACAACCGAAGAAAAUCGAGGAGAGUUUUUGGAAAAAUUACAACGUGCAAGAUCGGCUGUCAGAUGUGUCAACAAUUCUACCCCGAUUCUAUCGAAACCCGGUCCCACAAGGCUGGUAGUAGGAAACUGGUCGCUGACUUCAAGAAAGGAAGCCGAAAUCCACAUCCACAACUCCGACGGACAACAACAAACCACCAUCCUGAGAGAGGAUCUGCCAGGAUUCAUUUUCGAAUCCAAUAGAGGAACCAAACAUUCGUUCAUUGCCGAAACUUACUUAGGUCCUGAAUUUUCUGCGGGAUGGAUCAAUAAAAAGGGCAAACGCAUGCGUUCCAAACUAGAGGCAACCAAAAUGAAAGUCAAAUAUCUAGCUCACCAAAUCUACGAGCAAUAUUUCAGAGUGGCCCAGGCUCAACCCAGAGGCAUCGUUGCCAAAUUAGGCAAUAUCGUGGCACAAAUAGAACGUGCUUGUCAGAAACAAUGCUCGUAUGGCAACAACAGAGAAGGCGGCAAUUCAUGGAAGGAAAUACUUCAUAAUGCUCUAGACGAAUUGACUGAAGUAUUAAAAGAAGAUGGUGUUGUAUCUGCUUAUGAACUACACAGCUCCGGUUUGGUUCAAGCGUUAUUAUCGCUUUUGUCCACAAGUUAUUGGGAACAAGGCCUAAAAUCGAGCAAGAUGAACAAAUUCCAAAAACAAAGAGUCCAGGUGUUUAAACAAUGUUUCAAAAAUAAGACCAUCGAUGAUAAAUCUCCUAGUUUAAUUCUGGUACACAAGUUGAUCGCUGUUCUUGAAAGUAUUGAGAAAUUACCAGUAUAUCUGUACGAUACCCCUGGUUCGGGUUACGGUCUUCAAAUCCUCACCAGACGGUUGAGAUUCAGAUUGGAAAAAGCUACAGGCGAAAGCACCCUAAUCGACAGAUCGGGAAGAAGUCUAAAAAUGGAACCUCUAGCGACCGUAGCUCAGUUGGAAAGAUAUUUAUUGAAAAUGGUGGCGAAACAGUGGUAUGAUUACGACAGAAGUACGUUCCAGUUUUUGAAAAAAUUGCGCGAACCGAAAUUUCAAUCGUUCAAGCACACCCACGACUUCGACGAGAACGGUUUAAUUUACUUCAUUGGUACGAAUGGAAAAACCUGCUCCGAAUGGGUUAAUCCCGGCCAGUACGGUUUGGUGACCGUGACGAGUUCGGAUUCUCGCAAUCUACCAUAUGGUAGAGUAGAAGACAUUCUUUCGAGAGACUCAUCGGCCUUAAAUUGUCACACCAACGACGACAAACGUGCCUGGUUCAGCAUCGAUCUAGGAGUUUAUAUGAUUCCAAGCGCUUACACCUUGAGACACGCCAGAGGUUAUGGAAGAUCCGCGUUGAGGAAUUGGCAUUUCCAGAUGUCGCGAGACGGUAACACUUGGACCACGCUCUAUACGCACACGCACGAUAUGUCCCUCAACGACCCAGGCAGCACAGGUACUUGGCCCAUCGAAGUAUCACAAGAGGAGAACCAAGGUUGGAGACACGUUAGGAUCCAGCAAGCCGGUAAGAACGCUUCCGGCCAGACGCAUUAUUUGAGUUUGUCUGGUUUCGAAAUUUAUGGCCAAGUGAUUGGAGUCUGUGAAGAUAUGGGAAAGGCGCACAAAGAACAGGAGGCUCACAUGAGGAAGCAAAGGAGAUUGGUCAAAUCGCAGUUGCUGAAACACAUGACGGUCGGCGCUAGAGUCGUCAGAGGGGUCGACUGGAAGUGGAGAGAUCAAGAUGGGAACUCGCCUGGUGAAGGUACAGUUACCGGAGAACUCCAUAGCGGUUGGAUAGAUGUUACCUGGGAUCAUGGCGGUUCCAACUCGUACAGAAUGGGCGCUGAAGGAAAAUACGACCUCAAAUUAGCACCGGGAUAUGACGUCGAAGCGGCCGUAGCAUCCUCCUCCAAACAAACAGCAAGCAACAAGCAGAAGAACGAUAAGGACAAACAAAGCGUCCUGACUAGCAGGAAAAGCAGUUCAACACCUAGUCUACCCGAAGCUACAGACGUCAAAACUUCAGUUGCUUCAACAGAACAAGCUGCAUCGGCGGAUAACUUAGCGGCAAAACAAGCGGCCGAGACAAUAGCCGAAAGCGUGCUGUCGGUAGCGAGAAACGAAGCACUGGUGGCUGUCACCAGCGAAUCCCAAGCAGCUUCACACGAAAGCGAAUUAUCGGUGGUCGUACAUCCAUUACGCGAUCCCCACAAUGAUCUCUCUAGUAUUAAUAAUUCUACAGAUUUGGCGACGAUCGUCGAAAGUUUGGCUUUGUGCGAUACCGGCCCGCCGCCAUGUAGCGAUUCCCAGAAGUCGUCCGGCAACAGCAACAUGAACAAGUCGAAUCGCACCUCAAAGAUCAGUAAUUCCCAAGCUGCGGCCGCUGCACAGAGUUUCGUCGAAGCGGUCGAGGCUUUGGACAAGUUCCGCGAGGGUUCAGACAUGCUCAGAAACAACACCAACAAUUUCCUAUCGGCGGAGCUGUUGCAAUCGCUCAACCUCGGUCAAAGUAGUCAAAUCGGCGCGUUGUCGAGUGUGCGAAUCUCCGUUUCUGGAAAUUCCGAACCGGACGAAGAGAAACCGUCUUCGAGGCGGAAAACUGAUGCGGUGAAAAGCGGCAAUUGUAGUAGUGAUAAAGAUGAGGCUGUGACAAAUACGAAUAAUGCUAAAAACAGUAGUAAUAAUACGAUUGUCGUGACGAAUCCGAUGAGUGUCAGUGUACCCAAUUUGACUACAGAGUCCAAUAGCCAGAUUGAACCGACCACUACAGCAGUGUUGAAUUUCACAGGUCUGUUGGAGACGUUCGCAGCUCUGGCUCGUCGACGUACCCUCGCUUCGGUGACAGCGUCCAACACUUCGAAUACCAAUACAAACAAUACGCAAAACACGAACGCGCAGAACAACCAAAACAACAGCUCAUUGUUCCCACGAGCUCCCAAUUCCGUGUCCAGUCUAGUCCGUUUGGCGUUAUCCAGCAAUUUUCCCAGUGGCUUAUUGAGCACCGCACAGAGUUAUCCCAGUUUGUCGUCCAGUAAUAAUCCUGGGAACCAGUCCGGAGGGAUUUCGACAACCGCCGGAGCAGUGCAAGGCUUGAGUCAGGCAUUUACUAUGAGUUUGACAUCUACUAGUAGUGACAGUGAACAGGUAUCCCUAGAAGACUUCUUAGAAUCCUGCAGAGCUCCGACAUUACUGGCGGAAUUAGACGACGACGAAGAGAUGGGCGAAGACGACGACAACGAUGAUGAUGAAAAUGAAGAUGACGCUGAUUACGAGGAAGUGAUGGUGUCGAGAAAUCUGCUGUCGUUUAUGGAGGAAGAAACUUUUGAGGCUAGGCCGACCAAGAGGCGAUCAUGGGACGACGAAUUUGUGUUAAAGAGGCAAUUUUCUGCUUUAAUUCCGGCGUUUGAUCCCAGACCUGGUAGAACAAAUGUCAACCAAACAACAGAUCUUGAAGUACCAGCACCCGGUCAGACUGAGACAUCAUCAAUUUCAGAACAUGAACUUCUGCCGCAACCAAAAUUGCAGUUGGUUCUGAAAGGACCCAACAUGCCGGGCAUUGCCGACGUUGAAAUAGAACUGACAGAUCGUUCCUGGACCAUUUUUAGAGCCAUACAAGAGCUGAUGCAAAUGACAGAGUUUAAUUCCAAACAAGAAAAAGUCAGGAGAAUCUGGGAGCCCACUUAUUUGAUAAUCUAUAGAGAGCUAAAAGAUGACAACAGCUACGAUACCGAAGACGGUCGUGCUACUCCUGUGGCUACACAGUUUUCUCGAAGUGGAAGCAGUUCUAUAGCUGGUACUACACUAUCGCCAAGUACUCCAAUACCUGGAACUCCCUCGGUUUCAAAUUGCACUGUGGAAGACGUUUUACAGUUGCUGAGACACUUAUUUGUAAUAACGACUUCAAGAGAAAACGAUCUGAAAAUAUUUGAAAAUUCGGAUAUAUCUCCAGAAGAAUAUUCGAGCAAGAAAAUAACAAAUAAGUUACUGCAACAGAUUCAAGAUCCGUUGGUACUGUCCAGCUCAAGUUUACCGGCAUGGUGUGAAGAACUCAACCAUUCAUGUCCAUUCUUAUUUCCGUUCGAAACUCGCCAGUUGUACUUCAACUGUACGGCCUUCGGUGCUUCCCGUAGCAUCGUUUGGCUGCAAACCCAAAGAGAUGUUACCAUGGAGAGACAAAGAACUCCUGGCUUGUCGCCAAGGAGGGACGAUCCUCAUGAGUUCAGAGUCGGCAGGUUGAAGCACGAGAGGGUCAAAGUGCCUAGAGGAGAACACCUGCUCGAUUGGGCCAUUCAAGUCAUGAAGGUGCACGCCAACAGGAAGAGCAUUCUGGAGGUAGAGUUCGCCGAGGAAGAAGGCACCGGUCUAGGUCCGACUCUUGAAUUCUAUGCCCUGGUUGCAGCUGAAAUCCAAAGGCGCGAUUUGAGUAUGUGGAUAUGCGACGACGAAGCCAUAAGUCUGAAUGAACCUAUUGAUCUGGGGGAGGGCAUGAAACCGCCGGGAUACUACGUCCGAAGGGCUGCUGGUCUCUUCCCAGCUCCUUUACCUCAACAUUCUGAAGUUUGUGAUAAAGCCGUCAAGUAUUUCUACUUCCUUGGAAUAUUUUUAGCGAAGGUGCUUCAAGACAACCGUCUGGUCGAUUUACCUUUAAGCGCCAGUUUCUUGAAACUAAUUUGCCACGGCGAAAUUCAAAAUACUGUCAACGAACGAAUAGGUUUCGCAGGCAUCAAGAAGACGGUCGAAGAUGACAUCAUGACAUCGAGUUUCAUAUCGGAAGAGAGCGAAAAGGAGUUGGAACUCGAUCCUCCCAAAAUAGUGAUGGAGGAAAAGCGGCCUUGGUAUUAUAACAUUUUAGGAGAAGAAGACUUGUACGAUAUAGACCCUAUUAGAGCUAGUUUCCUUAAACAAAUUAGAGAAUUGAUUAAGCAAAAGCAGAAGAUACUGCAAGAUCAUACGCUUUCUCCUGAACAAAGGAAUCACCAGGUGCAGAACCUCUGCUUGAGUCACUCAUCGGGUCCCGUACUUCUAGAAGAUUUAGCUUUAACAUUCACAUAUUUACCUAGUUCGAGCGUCUAUGGAUUCUCGGCUGUAGAUUUAGUUCCUAAUGGUGCUGAUAUAGAAGUUAAUAUAGAAAAUGUGGAGGAAUAUGCCGAAUUGACCACGUCCGUAUGCUUGGAUAAGGGCGUGGCCAGGCAGUUGGAAGCAUUCCACAAAGGUUUUUCGUUAGUGUUUCCUGUGGAAAAGAUGGCGGCUUUCAGUCCAGAAGAAGUAAGGGUCAUGCUGUGCGGCGAUCAGAAUCCCGAAUGGACCAUGGAGGACCUGCUUAAUUAUACGGAACCCAAACUUGGGUACACUAAGGAUAGUCCUGGUUUCUUGAGAUUUGUAAACGUGCUUGUAAAUAUGACGUCAGAAGAAAGGAAAGCCUUCUUGCAAUUCACUACUGGCUGCAGCUCUCUACCACCAGGCGGCCUGGCCAACCUGUAUCCAAGGCUCACAAUAGUACGUAAAGUCGAUGCCGGAGAAGGUUCCUAUCCCUCCGUCAACACGUGCGUACACUACUUAAAACUACCGGAUUAUCCUACAGAGGAUAUAUUAAGGCAAAGACUCCUAGCAGCUACGAAAGAAAAAGGUUUCCACUUGAAUUGAAUCAUCUACACAGAAAGACGUACCUUAGUCACGUUGAUUUGUCCGAAAAUAGAUAUACUGCACUGGAGCACUUUUACUACAAACUAAACAAACAAAAAACAAACCUAAUUUCGUGCUUGUAUUUAUAUGUAGGACGGUCAACGAUUUAAAUUAACAUUGUAUUAUUUCUUUAAGCUACCAUUGUGUAAUUUUAGAAACAAAAAAAAGAAACUUAUCGAAAGUACUGAGAAUUUUUGUAUUUAUAAUCUGGAAUUGCUAGGAAAUUUUCGAGUAUGUGCUUUAUGAAAGUAUUUCGAAGCUAUUGAUGAGAAAAGAGGCAUCUCUUGUUGAAAACAUCGAGUUUGUCGAAUGAUCUUAGGAGUGAUAAUAGAAUAUAUAUAUAUAAAUAUAAAUAAUAUAAUUGUGACCAAAUUUCUAAUGGUUAUAACUAUCUAUUCUGGGACUUUAAUUUUUUGUGAUUUUAUUUUUAAUAUAAAUCUAUAUUUUUAAUUGUCUGCUGUAUGCGUGUUUUUGUCAUUACCAAAAAUGUAGUUUGAUGCAGUUAGAUACCCGUCAAAACUGUUAUGGUAUAGAAACAUCUUAGUUUCUGGAAUAACACCAAUGAACGUUGUUAAAACGUUAACAUCUCAGGAUUACUCAAUACAAAUUUAUUGAUUAAUAAAAAUUACUACAUAAUUAUCUAUGAACAUUGAUAGCACAGAUCGACAAGUUUGACAUUUUGGCAAAUACAUUUUUCGUAAUAAUAAAUCACGCAAUAUCUAUGUAGGUUCGUUUUUUUAAAGAAAUCAGUAGCUAGUUUGAAGGAAUUUCUUUGUAAUUAUCGAACCUGAUCCGUUAGAUGCCCAGUAUUGACAUUCAGUGGGCGCAAAAUCGUAACACAACGCUUAAAAAAUUAAGAUAAUAUUAAUAAGAGUAGCAGUUUUUCGGUUUAAUUUUAGACCAAAUUAUAGUUUUGGUUUAAUUUUGAGUUUGGUUUUUUUUGCAAUGGCGGAGAGUUCUAAUGAUACUGGGCAAGUUUAAACAGUUGAUAUAAAUGCACACGUUUUUUGGGAACUUUUGGUUUACAUUUUUAUUUCUUGCUUGGAACUAUUUUCUGCUACAUUACAUUUAAAUAUUGUAGAGAGAUAUGUCUGUAUGUAAUAGAUGUUAAAUACAUUAUAUCAAUAAAAUUCUCUUUAAACCAUUGUCUGUUGUUUUUGUCUUUUCAUUUGCAUAGUUUUAGAUAAAGAUAAAAUUGAUAAAUUAUUAUCGCAAGUUACAAAUUACCCACACCAAAUGCAAAAGUUUACAAAGAAU